GCUUUGACAAGCGAUCAUCGACCAAUCUGGGCUGUCAACAUUAACAACAGAACAGCAAAAUUGUACAACAAAUAUCCCGAAAACAGGCUCACCAUGGCUGGAAUUAUACGUUCUACGCAAGUAGGAAGGAAAGUGGUGGGAUUCCUAUCCAAAACAUCUGUGGACCUCAACAACGUCCGGUUUGCCAGCUCGAACCGCGUUAAGCGCAUCAAAAAGCCAGAAAUUACUAAUCGAGAUGCGAACCAGGCUAAAGCGGCAGCAAUGCGUGCGGAAGUAGAGGAACAGAGUGUACUGUAUGAAGGCAAACGAUUUGAAUCGGCAGCACAAUCGCUUUCUGCAAGAGGGUACCUACGUGCAAUAAAACCCUACACACCCCCAGAAAAUGCCAGUGAGCAGGUGCUAAAGAUUGCUAAGGAAAAUAAACUGAACGACACCAAGCAGUCGUUCGCUGGGAUGGAGCAAAAAUUUGCUUUCUUGUCUGCCUGCGGCAAAACGUUCGGACAUUGGGUACCCAACUCAAUGCUGCACGAAUUGCAAACUGUCGGUGAUGCAAUUGUAUUCUAUCAAACACCGAUCGACACUAGACUUCCGCUAGAUGCGAUAAGUUCCGUAGAGUUGCCGGAAAACUUGUACAUUCAGCAAGAUUACAUACGUUUCCAUCCUGAAACGGACAUAAUGUUCGGUGGAAAAUCGGCUUUCCCCAAGAGCUCGACCGUUGUGACUGGACUGAAGUACAAACAGAAAUAUCGUGGCCAUGAGGCAAAGAAAUCUUGGCCGUAACGUAACGACACCUCGCUUUCCGGGAUUGUAUUGUAGGCUUCGAUAGCAUGUUAAAAUAAACUAACCUGUAUGGAUA